ACAGGGAACUUCAGACAGAACACUGUCUCAGCUCAAGCUCCUCCAUGGGCUCUGAGUACCAAUCGGAUCUCUGCUUCCCACAGCUAGGCAACAUCUCCUGCAAGAAGCCUACGUCUGACGGGUCUUUGAGUUUGUUUGUCUUUUUCAGAGUCUUCCUGUCCAUCGCCUGCGUCCUCACUGUGCUGCUCAACCUGUUCGUCAUCAUCUCUAUCUCCCACUUCAGGCAGCUCUACACCCCCACCAACAUCCUCCUCCUCUCCCUCGCCAUCUCUGACAUCCUGGUGGGCUUGGCGGCGAUGCCACUAAUGAUCAUCAUGAGCACAGCCUGCUGGUUUUUUGGUCCCAUGGCAUGUGUUCUUUGGAAUUACCUGACUUUCAUUUGUCAGUCUGCUUCUGUAGGAAACAUGGUGCUGAUAUCAGCAGACCGUUUCCUGGCUAUUUGCUGUCCUCUGCAUUAUACUGUCAAAGUCACUGUGACAAAAACUCAACUUUGCGUUUGUGUCUGUUGGUCAGCUUCCGUUAUCUUCUGCACCAUGUUUUUGAAGGACAACUUGGCUGAUCCCGAAUUGUUUCUCACUUGCAUUGGAGAAUGUUUUAGCCAUUUCGGUGUUAUCGGAGGCAUUCUGGACUUCAGCAUCAACUUCUUUCUUCCUCUAAGCAUUAUUGUCACGCUGAACAUGAGAGUGUUUGUGGUUGUCGUGUAUCAGGUGAGAGCCAUGCGCUCUCUCAACAAACGUGUUCAACUUUCUGCCCCUUUCAGAGCAAAGAAAUCGGAGCUGAAGGCCGCCAACACCCUGGGUGUUCUCAUUCUGGUCUUUCUGCUGUGUUUCUGUCCAUUCUACAUUGUCCCUCCGUUGGUUAGAGAACAUGAGAACUUGCGUUCAGUGAUGGAUUAUGUCUAUUAUGUGUAUAAUUUGAACUCGUGUGUGAACCCCUUGAUUUACGCCGCCUUCUACCCCUGGUUUAGAAGAGCUAUUAAGCACAUUGUCACUUUGCACAUAUUUCAGCCUGGCUCCUGUGACACAGACAUAUUGAAAACUAAACGUGCUCACAUUUGAUUUAUUGAAAUGCCACUGCUUCGUGUGGCGUUCCGGCCACAUUGCCGAUAGCCUUUC